AUGUUCCAGGACGCUAUCACGUCCUCCAUGACUACCGUCUUGAACUCCUCUGCCUCGUUGACCCUGGGGUACGCUGCGGAUGUCAGUGAUGGCGUCACAGCCGCCGAGCCAUCAGUUCGCCGAUCGACCCGCGAGAAGGGUCUGUCCCGGCCCCCGGCCCCGGCUGCUAACCACCACGGCUUCGUCCAUCAUGCGCAUGUCCGACACGCCGCCCCGGAAGGCCUCGAGCUGGUGCGGUGUGGCAUGUAG